AUGACAAGCCCCAAACACUACUCCCAGAAAAUCAUCCCCACAAAAUCCACUACAAAGAGAACUAUUACCCAAAAACUACCCGCGAGAGAUACCGGCUCAUCACCAUACCCUCAAAAUCGACAGUACCAAUCAACUACUCCAAAAAGAACACACCUCAACAACAAAUCACUUCAAAAUCGGCAAGCACCCAAACAACUACUCCCAGAAAAACCAUCCCAACCAAUCCACUACAAAAAAACAGGUACUACAAACACUAUUCCAAGAAGAACCACCUUAACACAAUUCACUUCCGAAUCGACAAAGCACCCAACAACUACUCAGAAAAACCAUCCCAAAAAAUCCACUACAAAAAGACAGAUACGACAAAAACUACUCCAGACGAACAACGUCAACAACAUCACUACAAAAUCGACCAAAGCACCCAAUCUACUCAAAGAAAAACUAUCUCAAACACAUUCACCUCAAAUCGACAGCACUCUAUCAACUACUCAAAAAAAACCACCUCAACAAAUUCACUUCAAAAUCGAAGCACCCAAAACAACCGCUCCAAAAAACCACCUCAACACAACUAACUUCAAAUCGACAAGCACCCAGCAACUACUGCAGAAAAACCAUCCCAAAUCCACUACAAAAAAAACAGGCACUACAAACACUAUUCCAAGAAGAACCACCUUAACACAAUUCACUUCCGAAUCGACAAGCACCCAACCAACUACUCCCAGAAAAAUCAUCCCAACAAAAUCCACUACAAAAAGAACAGAUACGACAAAAACUACUCCAAGACAAACAACGUCAACACCAUCCACUACAAAAUCAACAAGCACCCAAACAUCUACUCAAAGAAAAACCACCUCACACAAUACUUCAAAAUCAACAGCACCCAGCAACUCUCCAGAAAAACCAUCCCAACCAAUCCACUACAAAAACAGAAAGAUACGACAAACUACUCCAAAGACGAACACGUCAACACCAUUCACUACAAAAUCGACAAGCACCAAAACAACCGUCCAAGAAAAACCACCUCAAACACAACUAACUCAAAUCGACAAGCACCCAAACAACCACUCCAAGAAAACUACCCCUACAAAAUUUACUACAAAAAGAACAGGUACUACAAACACUAUUCCAAGAAGAACCACCUUAACACAAUUCACUUCCGAAUCGACAAGCACCCAACCAACUACUCCCAGAAAAAUCAUCCCAACAAAAUCCACUACAAAAAGAACAGAUACGACAAAAACUACUCCAAGACGAACAACGUCAACACCAUCUACUACAAAAUCGACAAGCACCCAAACAUCUACUCCCAGAAAAACCAUCCCAACCAAAUCCACUACAAAAAAAACAGGUACUACAAAAACGACUCCAAGAAAAUCCACCUUAACACAUUUCACUUCAAAAUCGACAAGUAUCCAAACAACUACUCCCAGAAAAACGAUCCCAACCAAAUCCACUACGAAAAAAACAGGUACUACAAAAACUGCUCCAAGGCGAACAACGUCAACACCAUCCACUACAAAAUCGACAAGCACCCAAACAUCUACUCAAAGAAAAACUAUCUCAACACAAUUCCCCUCAAAAUCGACAAGCACUCUAUCAAUUACUCCAAAAAGAACCACCUCAACACAAUUCACUUCAAAAUCGACAAGCACCCAAACAACUCCUCCAAGAAAAACUACCCCUACUAAAGUUACUACAAAAAGAACUGGUACCAUAAAAACGACUCCAAGAAAAACUACCUCAACACAAUUCACUUCAGAAUCGACAAACACUCAAACAUCUAUUUCAAGAAAAACCACCGCAAUAAAACCUACUACAAAAAGAACUGGUAUCACAAAACUGACUCCAAGGAAACCCACCUCAACACAAUUCACCUCAAAAUCGACAAGCACUCUAUCAACUACUCCUUCUCAAAGAACCACCUCAACUGAUUCAGCCCCAAAAUCAGAUUGCGCCAAACAACUGCUCCAGAAAUGCCACUCCUGCAAAAUUUACUACAAAGAACAGGUGCCACAAAACGGCUCCAAAAUUGCCUCUACAAGGAACUGUACCACAAACACUACCCGACAAAACUAUAGGACAGUUAACGUCAACACCAUACACUAUAAGAUCGAUAGGAAAAACCAUCUCAGCACAGAUUCGCAUCCAAAAUCGAUAAUCACUCAGUCAACUAAUCAAGACGACCUCAACAUGUUCACUUCAAGAUCGACAAGCGCCCAAACAGCUCUCCAAGGAAAAUGCAUACUAAAUUUACUACAAAGAACUGGUACCACCAAAACGACUCCAAAACUACCUCCAGCACAAUUCGCUGGAAUCGACAACCUCAAACAUCUAUUUUAA